AUGGCCAGCAGCGAUCACAGUACUAAUUGUGUUAAUACCUCAGAUGAGGACUUUUCCUCCAAUGAGGAAUCUAGCUUGGAUAGCAUGGAGACAACAAAAUCUGUGCCAGGAAAGCUGAGACUGGACGAACUUCAAAUCCUCCAAGAUGGUCUAAAUGAUUGGAAGGAAGCUGACACAAACAAAAGGGCCCCGCUGAUGGAGGACAUGUGGAACAAAAUCAAAUGGCUGGAUGCCAACAAGAGCCUCAAACAAAAUGAAUGGAAUAGAAAACAGACAGCCAUCAAGAACUGGAUGUAUAACAAUAGUUGGUCCUGGGCAUGGAAGGCCCUGGUCAAGUAUGGCUCCAAAUGGACAGCCCUAAAGGUGAUCAAGCUGCAGUGUAAGAAGGAUAUCCAGCAAGUACUUGUGAAGGCCAGAAUACAUCCCAGGACAUCGGCUAUGAUCAAACACUAUCAGCCAGCCAUUCAGAAGGUAGUCCAGUCAUUGACCAAGGCUGAAUUGGACCAGGCAGCCUGUUUGGCAAAAGAGUGGAACAAGAGAAAGCUGCCACUCAAAGCCCAGGCAGAGGCAGCAACAAGUAAGGGCCAGAAGAAUGACUUCAAUGACAAGCUGGGCAAUGGAGAGCUCUAUUUGGAUUGGGAAGACCUCCAUGGAAAGUGGUCAGCCUACACAAAGAAGGCCUUUGGGGCCAAUGGUAUGGAGGAUGACAGCAGAGAGGAUGAGGCUGGUCAAACCACAGUAAAAGCAUGGAAAGGAAAAAGCUUGGCUUGUGGGAAGAUGAAUGCCAGUGUACCUUGGGCUGCAAUAGCUGACAACUGGGCAUCCUAUGUGUCUUCCAAGUAUCUUCCUCCCAAUAUCCUGUUCAAAGAGCCCACCAGGCUGACACAUCAUGAACUAAUUGAAACCUUGGAGUUCUGGAAGGAGCAACAGCAGGAGCACCCAGAAGAUGUCUUCCAGUUCCAAAGGUGGAGAAGUCAGGAUGGUUCCCUGGAGGAGCCAGUUGCCAAACACCAAUGCCAGUCAGACAAAGCCAAAGGGAAGAGACCCUGGACAGAAGUAAAUUCCAUUGAUGGCUCUGACUAUGGACAUCACUCAGAGGAGGAACCAGCUCCUCCCACAAAACCUUCCACCAAAUGGCAAUGGAUAGAUGAUCAUCCCACUGGAACAUCCAAUGCACAGGAGGACAACAGACAAUGGAACCAGUCCACAUCAGACCAGCACAAUAUGGCUACUGCAUACCCCAAGCCAGCUGACAAUCAUGCAAAUGAUGGUGGUGAUUCAACUGCAAGGAAGCCCAAGCCCAAGCCAAGAAUCAGAUCCGAUGGAGUUGAUCCAGUGGGUAGGAAUUUGAAUGCCAGGCCUAGAGGCCAUGUGAUGGACAGGGAAGAUAGACUGUUGGAUCAAGCAGAAGAGGAUGGUGUGGCUCAUUUCCCAGAGCAGAAUUGUAGGCCCCAACAGCAGCCAGAUGAUAAUUAUCCUACUCCAACCAUGAGGAGCCAAUUUGUGCACUUCUCCAAUUCCAUUCAACAUAAUCUGGUCUGGCUUAAGAUGGUAGCCUACACCUGCUGGCUCUUCCUCCAGAAGAUCUGCUGCCAGAAUCUGGAACUUCUGGACUUAUGCUUGGUUUGUGGAGUAUCAACUCCCAGCUGUAUGGCGAACUCCUGGGAGACUGCUAAAAGCUCCAAAUGCGACAAUGGGAUUGGCACUGGUGAUGGGGAUCUAGCCAGUGGUAUCAAUGCAGAGCUGAAUGAUGCAGGAGCAUCUGAAAGGUCCAUAGGACUGACUGGUGGGGACUGGAAUGGUGGGGGCAACCCCCAAGGUGGCUUGUGCAAUGGCAUACCUGGGGCAACAGGCAGUGGUGAUUUGUCCCAUGCCAGCUCAAGUAAUGGGGUACUGUCAGAGAGGCAUGUUGAUAUGGAGUCCCAAGGAGGCUCAACCAAUGGGCUGCUAGAGGAGGGAGACAGUGCCAAUGACUCCCAUGCUGGCUCUAUCAAAGGUGAUCUGGGCAAACCAGAGGACUGGAAGGAGGGUUCCAUUCCAGUUGUGCAUAUUGUUUGA